CAACAAACGGCCGAUACGCGCGACCACUUUCCGAGCGGGCAGCCGUCCGAACGCAUUUGCCAUCCAUUGCUAUAUAAUAAAAACAAGGUUUCAUUUGGCUGCGCUUGCGUGGACAGUGGACUUGCAACGACGGAUAUGUGGACAUAUUGCACUUGAAGUUGUCAGCGGGGCAAGAUGCAGUGAACUGACGGUGUUGUGACUUUGAACUGAGUGACCGUUAAUAUUGGUGUUUUGUGACGGGAAUAAUAUUCGGGACUGUGUGCUGUGAUUGUUCAACAUGUAUCUGUGCAAGGUUACUACCAUUUUUUUCUUGGUGAUCAUCGUGAGAGCCGAUAAGAAAAUCGAGUUGCAAGACAUCGAGGAAGAUAAUUUGAGGAGUGAACUAAGGAGUGAAGGAGAAAAAGACCAUGAUAAAUCUGAUUCUGCACAAAGCAAAGGCUCCAAUUCCGAAAAAAAUUUAAAUUCCUUAGAAAUUAUGAAAUCUGGAAUUUUACGGUUAUUUGAGAAUUCUCAGACCCACUCAAUUCCUCAACAACAGCGUUAUAUUCAUCAGUAUGCAGUCACUGAACAGCCAGAAAAACAUGCACCGGCUCCAAGCAAAUUCGUGGCAACGGGACACCAGCAAGCUAUGGUGGGAUAUUUGUCAAACAUGCCAAUGCAAAUAUACAUAGUCCCGCAAUAUUAUACUGAUCAGCCACAACAACCAGAGCCCCCGCAAGUAGAUUAUCAGGCAAAUUCAGUUUCUAGUACAUCCACCAAUUACCCUACCUACAGUAGUGAAUCCACGUACACCCAAACAACAGGGAAACCAUUUGAGCAUUAUGCUACACCUCCAACAGUAACGUACGUUUAUCAGACUCAGCCAACCGCACCUCCAGCAAUAGCGACUGUAGCACCAGUCGUAGCUUAUCAUGUCCCUAUGUUUCAUUUUAAUCCAAGAGUAGUUACACCUACAACUGCACCCAAGGCUUUCUACGCUAAUCCUGAAUACUCGGAUACAAAUGCAUUAGAUGAUAUGGGAGAACCAGAACCGAAGCAAUAUAGUACUCAGACUGAGAUACCGUACCUGCCAACUGUCGCGGAAUUACCACGUCACUAUAACUCUCGAGCGCCCCUAAGGGAGCCAUUUAGGCACCGUCCCAAUACCGUACCUGACCUACCUCGUCCUAAUCCUUUAUUAUUGAGAGCGCCACCUCCACAUUUAGCUCACAUUCCGAGGACUUUACCAGUAUUUCGACCUGUAACAAAAUCAGUGUACCAAGAGGUUGAACCAGUGACUAAUCCGUACAUUGCACGACCACAUGGCCAGGAUUAUUCACAUAGCCAGGGUUAUUCACAUAGCCAGGGUCCUUCACAUAGCCAGGGUCCUUCACAUAGCCAGGGUCUUCCACAUAGUCAGGGUCUUUCACAUGGCCAGAGUCUUUCACAUGGCCAGAGUUUGUCGCAUGGUCAGGGUCUUUCACAUGGCCAGAGUCUUUCACAUAGCCAGGGUCUUUCACAUGGCCAGGGUCAUUCAUAUGGCCAGAGUUUUCCACAUGGUCAGGGUCUUCCACAUGGCCAGGGUAUUCCACAUGGCCAGGGCCUGCCACAUGGCCAAGUUAUUCCUCUCCACCCUCAUUACAAGCCGCGCCCUGGGUCUUUACUCGACUCUUACAUACCUUCUAGUGUUCAGGUGGAGUAUCUGAAACGAGGUCUUGCCAAAGAUCCUUCAUCAUUGUACGAUGCAUUGUCAAGUGGGAAGUUUGCUAAUCCGAUUCCACGACAUUUCGAACGAGGUUUCCUGCCGAACCAAAUGUACCCCACCGGCAAUGGCGGUGCCGCAUAUGGACAUUAUAAACGGAAUACAAAAGUAGAAAAAAUUCCUCACAAAUGACCCCUCGACUGAAAACUUAAACAUAAUAUCAUAGAUAAGUAAACUGUACUGGUUAAUAAGAAGUUAGAGAUAGUAAAAUACCUUAUGUAUGUACGUACGUGUUGUUAGCUUUAUAUAAAGUGAAUUAAAAAAAUAAGGUUAACAUAAAAGUUACUUGUACAACGAACGAGUGUUUAAUAAAUACUGUGUAUUAAAUAUUUUAUUGUGAAAAUGCCCAGGGGGUUUGUAGUAGGUAUUUUGUUUAUAAAGUACUAAUUAGAAUGGUCAGUAUUUUAUCAAUUGAAAUAAAUUGUUAUUUAUAAUAAAACUAUUGUU